AUGGCUACUGUUGACGCCGUCGACGCCCUUCUCGAAGAGGCUCGCCUCGAGAGCGAGGUGCAGAUGAGGGACGCCGAGAGCAAGGCCAGCAGCGAGGCGCGCGAUCCCGACCGCCGCCGCGACGACCGCGACCGCCACGGUGAUCGCUACGACCGCGACAGGAGCAGGGACCGUCAUCGUGAGUCCAAUGGAGGCCGGCGCAGAAGCCGCGACCGAGACCACCGGCGAAGAGAUGGGAGCCGUCCUCGAUCAAGCAAAGGAGGUGCUGACACAGAUGAAGACCGUGAUAGGCCCCGUCGUAGCAGCUCGCGCGACCGAUUCCGCGGAGGCCGUAGGGACCGUGGCGGCGGCGGCGACUACUACAGCGGAGGAGGUCGUGCCCGCUCUCGCUCGCCCCGCCGUGAUCGUGCUGAUGACAGGUUCACGCGCAAUCGUUCACCUGUGUCUCAGCGAGACCGCCGUCGCAAUGGUGCUGAUGACCGCCGGUUAAGCCGCAAGACACCUGAGCCUGAAGUGACAGAAGACGACCGUGACAAGCGUACUAUCUUUGUGCAGCAGAUCUCCCAGCGUGCCGAAACCCGCCACUUGCGCUCCUUCUUCGAGACGGUUGGCCCUGUUGUUGAAGCCCAGAUUGUCAAGGAUCGUGUGACGGGCCGUUCCAAAGGCGUCGGCUACGUCGAGUUCAAAGAAGAAGAAUCUGUCCCGAAGGCACUGGAGCUCACUGGCCAGAAGCUCAAGGGCGUGCCUAUCAUUGCACAGCUUACAGAAGCCGAGAAGAACCGCGCUGCUCGUCCCUCCGAGGGUGGAGCCGCUCCCGGUGCCAAUGGUGCCCCCUUCCAUCGUCUCUAUGUUGGUAACAUUCACUUUAGUGUGACUGAGAAGGAUCUGCAGGAGAUUUUCGAGCCCUACGGCGAACUCGAGCAGGUCAUACUCCAGCGCGAUGAGUUGAACCCAGGCCGAUCCAAGGGCUACGGCUUUGUCCAAUUCGUUGAUCCUACCCACGCUAAAGAUGCUCUUGCAGAAAUGAAUGGCUUUGAGCUUGCCGGUCGCCAGAUCCGUGUUGGUCUUGGUAACGACAAGUUCACCCCCGAGUCGACUGCUAACCUUCUGCGUACAUUUACCCAGCAGGCUCAGAGCUACCAAGGCUCAGCAUUCAGUGGAGCUGGUGGCCGUGGCGCCUAUGCCGGUGGCUCCGGUGGUAUCUUUGAUCGCACUCACAGCAAGGACGAUCGUGGCGUCAGUGGUGCCUCUGCCCUUGACGAUACUGACGUCGCCGGUGUAAACUUCAAGACCUACGACCGUAGCAAGCUAAUGGAUGCUUUAGCUCGUCGCGAUGGCCCCGAGGUUGCUAAGCACGGCGCCCAGCCUGUCGUUAGCAAGCCUCGUGUUCCCGUUGUUGACAGAAUGGCGUCCAAAUGUAUCAAGAUCGAAAAUGCAUUUGAUGCUGACCAGUACUUUGCCCGUUCAUUUCGGACUGCUCUCCAAGCUGACGAUUCGUCUAGGGAGCAGGCAGCAUUCGGACCCAACUGGAUCAAAGGGCUCGAGACAGAAGUCAAGGCGGAGUGUGACAAGAAGUACGGCAGGGUCGUCCACAUCGCCGUGGACCCCAACACUGACGGUGACAUCUACGUCAAGUUUGAUUCCGUCACUGGCGGUGAGAAAGCUCUUCAAGGUCUGAACGGUCGCAACUUCAACCACCGCGUCAUCCGUGCAUCGUACGUAGUCGACAAGAUCUACAACUCUCUUUGGGGAGCUGCAGCUUCCAGGUUCUAG